AUGAUCACAGCUAUGAAAAUCGGGGCGAAUAUGGACGAAGAAAGAAUGAGAGACAAAUUCUGGGAUCAAGAGGAGAAAGAAAAAAAAGUCUCCCCGAUCCCAUUCCUCCUCCAAAUCAACAAACUGACGGUCCCUUCCAAUGGAGAAAUGAAGAUAACCGUGACAAACCCCUCUAAAGAGGAACAAAUCACAAUUUUCGAAUUUGAUUCAUAUUUUUUCACGCUCUUCUCAGAGGACUUCAAACUAUUCAAAGGUUACCAGGACUGGCAUUUCGAUUCCAUUAAACGAGGAAUUAAUGUGUUGGCGCCAGGUGAGACGGUGACUUUUCAAUUGAAGACUAGAAAUCACGAUCCGAAGAAUCCCAGGGACAAUCCCCAAUACAGGUACUCAAAACCUGCGGGUUACUUUAAUGUGCAUCACCGAAAAUAUGAUAAGGGAGAGGAGGCAAAACUCGGGAAGAUUCAGAAUAUGAUUAAUGUCGAUGACUUUUUGGAGGAGAAAGGCAAAGUAUGGGCGGUUUGUGAACAGGAUUUCGAAUUUGAGAAUGACAAGACGGAGAAGUUUGAGUAUUUCAAGAUGGGCCAUCAGGCUAUGCUGCAAUAUCGAUAUGAGAUGGAGACAGCAGACCAAGGAGAGUUCUGCAGUCAAAUUUAUCAUAUCUUCACAAUGCGCCAAAGCAAAUGGAAUUUCCAACGUGGACUUGAAGGUCGAUCAGUUACUUUCAUUCCGGAGACGUCGUCCAAAGAUAUUGAAUCGAAAUUUGUCACGGAAAAUAGGAAAUUCGAAUUUGAUUUGCUUUAUGCCGACGAGCCAAGAAAGAAGACGAAUUUGACACCAGCGGAGAAAGCGACGGAGGCGCGCCAGAAGAAAGAGGGGAAGAAAAAGAAGAAUCCGUGUUGCUCAAUUUCGUGA